AUGUCUCGCAGCAGCAUCACGUUGGACGUCCCUUACAUCAAGGCCACGCACAAGAAGCCCUACCCAGCCAUCUCACCCCUCCGACCCGAACUCAGCCAGGCCGGCAGAACCGUGAUUAUUGUAGGAGGCUCGGCCGGAAUUGGCUUCGCCAUCGCCCGCGCCUUCGUGCAAGCCUCGGCUUCGCACGUCAUUCUCACCGGCCGGCGCGAGUCUGUGCUCGCCAGCGCCGUGUCCGAGCUCCAAGCCGAGGCCAACGCCGGCACGACCGUCAGCAGCUUCGUGGCUGAUCUCUCCGACCUGCAAGCCACCGAGAGGCUGUGGGAUGGAUUCGCCAAACAAGGGAUCGAGGUCGAUGUCCUUGUUCUCAAUGCCAUGACCGUCAGCGAGGGCGGCCCACUCGUGCAGACUAACCUGGAGGGCACCUGGAAGUCGUUCGAGACCAACGUCCGCGGACUGCUGGACUACUCCCAGCGGUUCAGCAAGCAGGGCAAGCAGGAGGGGAAGUUCCUCGUCAACGUCUCGACCAGCAGCAUCCACAAUUUUAUCAUAGACCGCAACGGCCACCCCAUCUACGGCUUGACCAAGAACUCGGGCUCGCUGCUUAUGCAGCUCAUCGCCGACGACGCCGACCCGAAAGACAUGCAGGUCAUCAACUUCCACCCGGGUGGUGUCUUGACCCCGGCAGCUCGAACUGUGGGCUUUAGCGAGGACUAUAUGGACUGGGAUGAUGGUGAGUUUAUCAGAGUGGUGCCGGAUGUGCGGUGUGCGGUGUGCUGA